CAAAAUGCGGCGCGUCGCGUACGCAACAAGGAGCGGCGCUUGGCACGGCUGCGACUCAACGCUGUGUGCGCAAUCACAGCGCUGCUGCUCUUGCGCUCAUUCCAGUGCUGCCAUUGCUCAAUCACAGCUCAAAACCAUGCGUGCGGUGCAGCGCUGGAGCCUAGCACUGCUGCUAAAGACCGCAGCCGCUGGCCUAGCAAGUGAGUUGUGGAGAGAGAACUCGGCCACGGCCCAGCAGUCGCCCUGGGACCCGUUUGUACUAGGACUCGGAGCGGGCACGUUAAAAAAAGAAACUUUUGCGACCUACGUGGCGCAGGACGCGGCCUUCUUGAAAUCAUUCGCCGACGCCUACAAGCGCGCGGAGCGCAAAUGUGGUGAAGAGGAGGCACCACCACUACAAGCGCGGUGUCGCGGCGAUCUGCGGGAGCUACGGGACGCCGUCGAAGAGGAGCUCAAAUUACAUAGUGGCUACGCCAAAAAGUGGGGCGCGGACCUCGGCAAGGAUUUCAAGCCCUUGAAGGCGACUAUUGACUACACUUCAUUCUUAGAAAAAAUAUCGCGGGACCCGACGGCCAGCGCAGCAGAGGUCGUCGCCGCCAUGGUGCCCUGCAUGACGUUGUACGCUAUUCUAGGGAAGCGCCUCGAAAAGGCCGGGAUCGAGGACGACAACCCCUACAGGGAGUGGGUCGAGACUUAUUCGUCAGAUGAGUUUUGGGAGGCGAAAGAACAAGCGGAAGGUCUGCUCGACGUAUUGACGCCGCACGGGUGCGAACGGUGCGGGGACUUGUACGCCGAGGCCAUGCGCCUCGAGCAUUCUUUUUUUGCUGCGCAAGAUGUCGCGCCGGACUGGAUCCGUCUUACUUCUUCCUUUCGCGCGCGGCUCGAGGCGAGCCUGAGCGGCGCGUCUCUGAGAGCGGGUGCCGAGAUGGAGCUAUAAUU